UCAAAAACAAAUAUUCAUAUAAUUUGGAAAAAUGGGAACUUCAAUGAUGAACUUUCAAACGAUACAGGUUUUUUAAAAAGGUAUUUUAAUAAAUGGCAAAUAUAAAAAGUAGAAGCACAACAUAAUGAAAAGGUAAAAAAAGUUUCAAAAAAGACGAAAAACGAACAUUCUACAAUCUCAAAAUGUCACGAAAUGGAGGAACAGUUUUUAGAUCAGUAUAUCGCCAAAUGUCUUCAGCACAACAAACAAUAUCGGUGAUUGAUAAACUGAAAAAAUCGCCUAGCACAACACCCAUUCAACAAUUUCGAAAACUUCUUCAAACUGAAAUUGAAGAAAUUAAAAAGGCAGGAACUUGGAAAGAUGAACGAAUUAUUACAUCACCACAAAAGACAAUUAUUAACGUCCACGGAAAAACUGAGAAACUUUUAAAUUUCUGUGCUAAUAAUUAUCUAGGAUUGUCGUAUAAUGAAGAAAUAUUAACAGCAGCUACAAAAGCACUUUAUGAUUAUGGGAAUGGUUUAAGUUCUGUUCGAUUUAUUUGUGGCACUCAAAGUAUUCAUAAAGACUUAGAACAAAAAUUAUCGGAUUAUCAUCAGAAAGAGGACACAAUAUUAUAUUCGUCAUGUUUUGAUGCAAAUGCUGGACUAUUUGAAGCAAUAUUAUCACCAGACGAUGCUGUUUUUUCUGAUGAAUUAAAUCACGCUUCCAUAAUUGAUGGAAUACGUUUAUGCAAAGCAAAAAAAUUUCGAUACAAACAUCGAGAUAUGGAUGAUUUGGAAAAAAAAUUAAAAAGUUCCGGAGAUGCUCGCAUACGUCUAAUUGUAUCUGAUGGCGUAUUCUCAAUGGAUGGUAAUAUUGCACCCUUACCCGACAUUUGUAAACUAGCUAAGGAAAACAAUGCACUAACUUUUUUGGAUGAGUGUCAUGCAACAGGAUUUUUAGGUGAAAAAGGAAGAGGUACUGAAGAUUAUUAUAAAAUGAUCGGCAGCGUGGAUAUUAUUAAUUCCACAUUAGGUAAGGCCUUGGGUGGAGCUUCAGGGGGAUACACCACAGGGCCUAAGGAAUUAAUUGAUAUUUUACGUCAAAGAUCAAGGCCGUACUUAUUUUCAAAUUCACUACCUCCCGUUAUCGUUGGAAUUGCGCUCAAAGUUCUUGAUCUAUUAACGGAAUCAAAUUACUUGGUCUCUAAAGUAACAGCAAACACAGAACGUUUUCGUAAAUCAAUGAAGAGUGCUGGAUUUGAAAUAUCUGGCGAUCAACAUCCAAUAUGCCCAGUUAUGAUUGGUGAUGCAAAACUUGCAAAUGUUUUUGCAAAUGAAAUGCUUACUCGCGGUAUUUACGUUAUUGGAUUUAGUUAUCCAGUUGUACCAAAAGGAAAGGCUCGUAUCCGUGUACAAAUAAGUGCUGCGCAUACAUUUGAAGAAAUUGAUCGGGCUGUUGCAACUUUUACUGAAGUUGGAAAAAAACUUAAUGUAGUUCAAUAAAAUAUAUUUUUUUAAACAA